AAGUCCAAAUCUUGUGCUAGGUGGUAAGCUGCUCGCCGUCCUCAGCGUCAAGAAAGCCCGUCCUCAAGGUGAGUAUGCUCGUCCAUUGCAUAUUCUGCCAUAGUAGGCCUGCUUUUGCUGCACAUGAUCUAUCGGAGAAAUUGGUGCAGACAGGUGGAAAAGCUGGAUUCGACCAUAUGCUGUCAGAUACUAAGCCAUGGGUUUCGCGCACAACAACGUACUUCACUCCAACCAUUUCCGCAAAGACUGGCAGCGCCGGGUACGCACCUGGUUCGAUCAGCCCGGUCGCAAACUCCGCAGACGCAAUGCCCGCAAGGCCAAGGCUGCCGCACUUGGUGUCCGCCCACUCACUCUCCUCCGUCCCGCUGUUCGCGCCCAGACUGUCCGUUAUAACCGUAAGGUCCGGGAGGGCCGCGGGUUCACCCUUGCUGAGCUGAAGGAGGUUGGUAUCAACCGCAAAGAAGCACUUGGUGUCGGUAUUGUCGUUGACCACAGGAGGAGGAACUUGAGCGAGGAGGGGAAGAAACUGAAUGUCGAGCGGUUGAAGGCCUACAAGGCCAAGCUGAUCGUUUUCCCUCGGAAUGCUAAGAAGCCCAAGAAGGGCGACUCGACUGGUGACGAUCUCAAGGCUGAGACCACACGCACGCACCUUCCACUUCCUGCACCCUACGUUCACGAAGCACCUCGCAAAAUCACAGAAGAUGAACGGUCGUUCGAGGCUUUCAAGACCCUUCGCGUUGCACGAGCUGAUGCUCGGUAUGAUGGUGUACGCAAAAUCCGGGCAGCCAAGAAGGAGGAAGAGGAAGCAAACAAGAAAAAAUAGUUUCUCUUC